AUGCUCUCAGAUUUGUUUCUGAGUCGGUCGCGAACUCAGCUUUACGGCUAUGACAAAGUUCGCGUACCCUUCCAUGCCAUCCGGGCUGCACAGCUAGUUUCCAGCAUCAUUGUUGGCAGUAUAAUGUCAUUCUUCAUCUAUCAUUUACAACACGAUCACUGGCCGACACCAUGGACUUUCAAAGUGCUCAUGAGCGUUUCCUGGAUCACGAUAGCCAUUCUGGCUGCUACCAUCGCUCUCCACUUGCUCAGUGGUCUCAAUCCUCGUCUCAACCUCAUUCUGAACUCGACCAUCUUUGUCAUUUGGACUACUGGUUUCGGCAUGCUGUCUUGGUGGAUGUGGGGAACGUUGACACAUUAUUGUGAUGUCGGCCACUGGAACGAUGGCACUGGCAUCAUGGUAUGCAAGAUCUACAAGGCAUUGUUCACCUUUGCUCUGCUUGGACUUGUCUCGACCCUGUUGGCAGUUGUGCUGGACAUUCACAUCAGCCGUAUGAACGGUCUCCGUGGCCAACAUUUCCGCCUGAACCUUCGCGGCGACAGAAAGACCAACGACACUAUCCCCAUGAACGGCCCUUACACCGACGUCAACUCUCAGGCAAACUCGCACGAGGAUCUUACUCACUCUCACGAGAGUCUACCACACAUCGCGACUGGAGAAGGUUUUGAGAUCCCCAGCCUUGGAUCGCAGAAGACUAGAGCUGGCUACACAAUUCCGGAAUCACAAUUCGACUACGAGACCGGAUAUCACGGAGGUCAUGCUGAGAGAGUGUUUGGCGCGAACUAG